GCACACAGCCAAAGCGUUUAGCAAGAACAGAGCAAAGAGCUAGCCUAGCUAGAUCAUCGCAUCGCAUUUGUUAGUUUUCCAUCGCCGAUUGAUACAUACAUCAUCCAAGCAGAGCAAUCACCAAUCAACCGAGACAAGAUGGUGCAGCAUCAUCAAGCGGCGGCGAACGACGAUCAUCAGGCUAUCCCGCUGCUGACACCGUACAAGCAGGCUGGGCGCCCGGGGUCGAAGCUUGACCUCUCCCACCGUGUGCUGCUCGCGCCGAUGACGCGGUGCCGAUCCUACGGCAACGUGCCGCAGCCGCACGCGGCGCUGUACUACACGCAGCGCGCCACCCGCGGCGGCCUCCUCAUCACGGAGGCCACCGGCGUCUCCGCCACCGCGCAGGGCUACCCGGAGACACCCGGCGUCCGGACGCGGGAGCACGUCGAGGCGUGGAAGCCCAUCGUCGACGCCGUCCACCGCAAGGGCGCCCUCUUCAUCUGCCAGCUCUGGCACGUCGGAAGAGUCUCCAACAACGGUUUCCAGCCUGACGGAUUGGCUCCCAUCUCAAGCACCGACAAGGCGAUCACACCGGACGGCUAUGGGAUGGUGUACUCCAAGCCGCGACGGCUUCGGACAGACGAGAUCCCGCAAAUCGUCGACGAUUUCAGGCUCGCUGCCAGGAACGCAGUCGAGGCCGGGUUCGACGGUGUUGAGAUCCACGGCGCGAACGGCUACCUCCUCGAGCAAUUCAUGAAGGACAGCUCCAACGACCGCACCGACGAGUACGGCGGCAGCCUCGAGAACCGGUGCCGCUUCGCCGUCGAGGUGAUCGACGCCGUCGUCGGCGAGAUCGGCGCCCACAGCGUCGGCAUCAGGCUGUCGCCGUUCCUGGACUACAUGGACUGCGUCGACUCCGACCCGGAGGCACUCGGCUCGUACAUGGUGGAGCAGCUGAACAAGCACGAGGAUUUCCUCUACUGCCACAUGGUGGAGCCUCGCAUGGCCAUCGUCGACGGCCGCCGGCAAAUUCAGCACGGCCUCUUGCCCUUCAGGAAGCAGUUCAAUGGCACGUUCAUCGCCGCCGGAGGGUACGACCGGGAAGAAGGGAACAAGGCGGUUGCCGAUGGCUAUGCCGACCUCGUCGCCUAUGGGAGGCUCUUCUUGGCGAAUCCUGAUCUGCCCAAGAGGUUCGAGCUCGAUGCGCCCAUGAAUAACUACGAUCGCAACACCUUCUACACGCAGGAUCCUGUGGUUGGGUACACCGACUAUCCUUUCCUUGACGAGCAUCACCAUGACGACGACGAUGACUCUAAUGCUCCUUCUGCUUAAAACCAGUCAUGCAACUCUUCAAAUCGAUCGGCAUCAAUAAUCAAUAAUGCAGGCACCCGUGCUAUCGAUUUCACUAUUUACCGCUACAUUUUCUUUAAGUGAUUUAUGUACUCUUGUACUAUUGUUUAUGUUUAGUGUGAGAAGACAUCAAGACAUGCAUCAUGCGUGUAUAUAUUUACUGGAAUAAAACACGAGUUAUAUGAACAAUGAUUUUGUUUUA